CAAGCCGUGCACGACGUGGAUGUGAGAGUUAAGGGGAAUUUUUUAAGUGCUGAAAGCUCAAAGUAAACUUGCAAAAAGUGCUACAAAGUCUAGUUAAUGCGAAAUAAAUCAUUAACUAAAUUAAAGUAUUUAUUAAAUCAACAAGGAAAUCUCCUAGAACUAAAACUUACUGCAAAAAUCCAAAGAACCCUUGAAAACCCAAGUGAAAACUCAACAAUUUGGACGGAGAACCUCUCGGAAAACCGCUGAAACCAUGAAAAACUAAGCCAAGUCGGUGAAUGAGUUUGAACUUUUUUUUUGUGAAGUGCUAAAGUACCGGAAAGAGUGCCCUGGAAAGUGAGCUGGUAUCGGCUUUUGGGUGCCCCGGCAGGACAUGAAGGACUCGAUGAGCAUACUGACACAGACCCACGCUGAGACGCCUGCGGCGGCCGCCCAUCCGCUGCAUCAUCACCUGCACCAUCACCCACUGCAGCACCUGCAGCACUUGCAGCACGCGCAGCAUCACCCCCCGCCGCUGCAGCAGCACCUACUGCACAUCGGCCUUGGCAUUGGCAUGUCCGGCAGCAACACCACCACCACCACCCCCUCGAAGCCCAGUCGCUCCCGCUUCAUGAUCAAUGACAUCCUGACCACCACCUUCUACAAGCAGCAGCAGCAGCAGCACCAUAACCGCAACAACAACAACAACUCGGGCUCCAGCGGCGGCAGCAGUCCCGCUCACAACAACAACAACAAUAACAGCGAAAACUUUGAGCCACCAGCAGCCUCGGCACCUCCACAUCUGCCACUACCGCUGCACCACCCACAUCCGCAUUCGCAUUCGCAUCUGCAUCCGCACCCACAUCCGCAUGCGCAUGCCGUGGCGCAUCCGCGUGCCACCAAUGGGUUAAAUGUGGCCCAAUAUGCGGCGGCCAUGCAGCAGCAUUAUGCCGCCGCUGCAGCCGCUGCUGCUGCGCGAAAUAACGCAGCAGCUGCUGCAGCCGUGGCUGCCGUGGCAGCAGCCGGCGGUGUUGGAGGAGGAGGAGGUGGCGUGGCGGGAGGAGCUGCAGCGGGAGCGGGAACGGGAACGGAACUGGAUGACAGCAGCGAUUAUCACGAGGAUAACGAGAUCGAUAACGACGGACACAUGGACGAUCACAGCGUUUGUAGCAAUGGCGGCAAGGACGACGAUGGGAACAGCAUCAAAAGCGGCUCCACCAGCGACAUGAGCGGCCUGAGCAAGAAGCAAAGGAAGGCGCGCACCGCCUUCACGGACCACCAGCUGCAGACAUUGGAGAAGUCCUUUGAGCGGCAGAAGUACCUCAGCGUCCAGGAGCGCCAAGAGCUGGCCCACAAGCUGGACCUGAGCGACUGUCAGGUGAAGACCUGGUAUCAGAAUCGCAGGACCAAAUGGAAGCGCCAGACGGCUGUGGGCCUGGAGCUUUUGGCCGAGGCCGGCAACUUUGCCGCCUUCCAGCGUUUGUAUGGCGGAUCGCCCUACCUGGGCGCCUGGCCAUAUGCAGCCGCUGCUGGCAGCAGUGCCGGAGCAGCAGCCGCCGCCGCUGCUGCCGCUCAUGGACCGGCACCCCACACCAGCAUCGAUAUCUAUUACCGCCAGGCGGCCGCUGCCGCUGCCAUGCAGAAACCGCUGCCCUACAACCUGUACGCUGGGGUGCCCAAUGUGGGUGUGGGCGUGGGUCCGGCGCCCUUCUCCCACCUGUCCGCCUCCAGUUCGCUGUCCUCGCUGAGUAGCUACUAUCAGAGUGCGGCUGCUGCUGCCGCUGCUGCGGGGAAUCCCUUGCCACCGCCGCCAACGGCUGUGUCCGUGUCGGGAGCGGGAGCUGGAGUCGUGACCAAACCCUUGGCAGGUCCUUCAACCUCGCCGCCGCCGCCGCCGCCACCGCUGCCAAGGCCACCGUCCACACCCAGUCCAACGCUGGAUCCGGGCAGUCCGCCGGGCAGAUCUGUGGACAGCUGCUCACAAUCGGAGGAUGAGGACCAGAUCCAGGUGUGAGGGGGAGGAGAGAGUGUGUGUGUGUGUGUGUGAGGGAGGGAUGCCAAAAGCGUGAUUUCAAAGGGAAAAGUAAUCCGAUUAGACAAUGGUUUUUUUAGUUAUUCAGUUUUGGUGCCAAAAGGUUACUCCGGACAAUCACCUAAAGCUUCUAUUUUAAACUACGUUUCUCACAUUAUAUUUAUUUAUUUAUUUACAUUUUUUUUAAAUUUAAUAAUUAUUUUUAAACCCCCACAGAGCACCCUUUCCAUAUCGCGCCUUUGGCUUAGACCCCCUCUUUUGUAUAUAAAACCAUAUCUCAGUGUCUGUGUGUCUGCUUGUUUAAUUUAUUUAAUUUGCUUUUAGUAUUUAACAAUUAAACAUAAGAACAAAUGUUCAGUUGAAUGUUGUAUAAACUAGCAGCCAAAAAAAAAAAAAACAAAAGAAAUCAUGAAUUUUGUAUAGUUGAGCUUAGCCACGAAAUGUAUUAUCUUAGACGUCGACUAGAAAUGUAAUCAUAACCUUUUUUUUCAUAGCCUAGAACUACCCAUAAACGUUGUAAUGUAAAGUGUGUGUGAGUGUGUGUGCUCUCUUUUUUUUUUUUUUUGUCUGUGUUUAGUAACCACAUAUAUUUGCCUAAAUAAAAAAUAAAA